CCGCGACCGCGGUCAGUCAGUCCCUGGCGGCGGUGCGGCGGCAGUGGUGGCAACGGAAGCGGUGAGGCAGGUAGUAGUCGGCGGUGGUUACGAGAGAGAGAUCGAGCGGCGACAUGUUGAAGCUGCCCGUGUGAUAUCGUGCGCGUGGCGGGCGAUCUCUACAUCGUGCGCGUUUUCUUUUUUUUCCCUUCCCCCCCGUAGUAACUUCCCCUUCCCCCGCCCGCGGGUGCCUGUGGAUACGAUACGGAUACGGCAGUGGUGUGCAUCGGAAAGUGAUCGAGGGCGAAGGCGCUACGCUACAUGUGAAGUGUCGCCGGGGAAUAUCAUUAUUCGCCAUCGUCGCGCCCGCUGGUUUACCCCGGCCCAGCAAACAUGAGCUGGGGCACGGAGCUCUGGGACCAAUUCGAGAAUCUGUCCCUACACACGCAAAAAGGGAUAGAGUUUCUCGAGAGGUAUGGCCAUUUCAUACGCGAUCGUUGCGCAAUUGAGUUCGAAUAUGCAGCGAAGCUCAGACGUCUCGUGAAGAGCUAUCAACCGAAGAAGAAAGAGGAGGAGGAUUAUCAGUACAGUCCUUGCCGGGCGUUCAAGAUGGAGCUAAACGAGGUGAACGACCAAGCCGGUCAGCGGGAGGUGAUCGCGGAGAACCUCCAGGGUAACGUUCUGCGGGAGCUCAACAUUUUAGUGAAGGACUUCAAAGAAGACCGCAAGAAACAUCUACAGGAGGGCGCGCGGCUGAUGGCCACCCUGGCCGGUCAGAUCGGGAAUCUGGAGCGGGCCAGGAAGGCCUACGAGAAAGCCUUCCGCGAAGCGGAGCGCGCUGUGGAAAAUUAUCAGCGAGCAGACGCGGAUCUCAAUCUCUCAAGAGCAGAAGUCGAGAAACAGAGGAUGAAUAUGACCAUGAAGACCCAGCAGAGCGAGGAGGCGAAAACGGAGUACGCGAAUCAGCUGCAAAAAACGAAUGACAUGCAGACGUUGCACUACCACACGGCGAUGCCGGAAGUGUUUCAGCAUCUUCAGGAGUUGGACGAGAAGAGGAUAAAAAAUAUGCGGAACUACAUGAUGAAGUCAGUGGAAAUCGAGCGGGCGGUAGCGCCAAUAAUCGCUCAGUGCCUGGACGGCAUCGAGAAGGCGGCGAAUGAGAUCAACGAGAAAGAGGACACGAUGCUGGUGAUUGAACGCUACAAGAGCGGCUUUCAGCCGCCCGGGGAUUUCCCCUUCGAGGAUCUAUCGGUCGCUAAGAAUUACGAUAGCAACAGCCAAUUGGCCCAGCCGGUCAUGCAGCCGAUUCACAAUCAUCUUACGGUCAAGGGCACCGUCUCCGGCGGCAAGAUCAAGAAAAGAGUCGGUCUCUUUGGGAUCUUCAGCAGUAAUAAGCAGAAGUUGAUCGAGGUGUGCAUAGCUUUAAAGAAUAAUGUGCCUGGCUAUGGUGACGGCGCGAAGGAGGACUGCAGCGAUCUGCCGCCGAAUCAACGGAAAAAGCGACUGCAGCAACGACUGGACGAGAUCCAGGCGAAGAUCCAGCAGGAAACGGCGGCGAGAGACGGCCUGAUGAAGAUGAAGGGCGUGUACGAACAGAAUCCUGCCCUCGGAGAUCCAAUGAGCAUAGAGGGACAAUUGAACCAGUCCAGCAACAAACUGGACAAACUCGGAGCUGAAUUGACAAAGUUUCAAGGUUACCUCGAGGAAGCGAUGCGUGCUGGCGUCAGUUUGUCUAGCCCAAGCCAGGCAGCGCGAAAAACUGCUACUAACGGUUCGGCGACGAGACCGUUGAGUUCACGAAGGGGUUCACACUCGGGCGGCGAAGAGAGCCUUUCGAGAUCCGCUUCUGAUUCGAGUGUCUGUAACGCGAACGCAAAUCAACCGGUUCACAAGAAGAGCGCACCAGGCACACCACAACCGACUCAUGGUUCCACGAAUAGCCCGGAAUCUGGUCUCGGCGAAUCGAGAACGUCGCUACCCGGCAGCGGUUGCGAGGAAUAUUACCACGACGAGGUAGAUGCUCAACCGCCACUGGGAACAUGUCGGGCGCUUUAUCCUUUCGACGCGACUAGCGAGGGUUCCAUACCGAUGUACGACGGCGAGGAGCUCUAUAUGAUCGAGUUGGACCAGGGAGACGGAUGGACUAGAGUGCGACGCAUUUCGCAGCCAAUCGAAGGCUUCGUGCCGACCUCAUACAUAGAGUGUCACCUGUACAACACUUAGCCACUUCUCCUAAGUUGUUAAAGGAAUUACGCAACGCGAAACUAUUACGAAGGAGAUUAUUAACGAAGGCGCGCGCGCGCACGCGUUCAGUGCCGUCAAAGACUCGAGGGUCUGUGUUGGUCAAAUUGGCACGGGAUACGAGGACGUCAACAGCGGAUCGCAGGCCUAAUCGAUAGACGAAUAAAAAGGAAAGAUUGAAGGAUUCUUAAAUUUGAGAAAAAAUAUGUAUUCAAGGACUCGCAAAUUUUGGAAUUGAAACGUGGGAGUCAAAUAUCGUGGAUGUUUGCAAACAAGUAUGACGUCGACGAGAAAGAUAUUUCAGUGAAUCGCGGCCCAAGAUUUGCGAUCUGAUAGAACCCCAGGAUCCGCCGAAACGAAUUAUCACGUGCCAAUGUUCUUGGCAAAAUCACGGCCGAAUGUUGCAUAAAUUACCUUCAACAUAGUUUUUUUUUCGAGGAUUCCUAUUCGAUCGAUCGAUCGACCGAUCGAUCGGAAAGGAACGAAAGAACGAUAUGAUGCGAACAAAUACGCCCCGCUUUGUGAUCAAUCAAUCUAAGCGCAAUAACGUUAGAAUCGUGCUCAUUCUCGGGCUUUAUAGGUUUUUAAGAAAAAAUUUCGCCCUUAUCCGGAUUUAUUUAGGAUGCCGCGGCCCUUUCUCAUGUGUGUACGAAGCUAUUAAUAAUAAUAGUUUGUUAAAUAAUAAUUAUACUCUAGCGACUAUUUGUUGAAUAGGUAGGUUUAUUGAUAGCGAAUGUAUUAUUUAAAGUUACUCUCGUCCUGAUCGUGCGACUUCAUCAUGAGGGAUCGCGGCGGCUCUUCAGCCUUUCCCGAAUUUAGAAAUUCUAAAUUGAUAUUAAUGGCUGUUAACUAUUAAUUAAUAAUUACGAAUGCUUAAAUAUCGCGCGUGAAUACGCCUAUAUUAUUAUUUAUCGCGGGAAGAAACUUUGCGCGCGAGAAGGGCCGCGAUGGCUCUGCAUCUCUUUACGCUCGGUUCAGACGUGUCAAAGUUAUUAAUUAACGAUAUAAUAAUUAUUAUUAUUAAUCUCGAAAGUUUUUAUUUAGAAAUACUGUAUCUCGCGCAGACUGUGUACUACGUUUUACUGUGUAAAUAAAUCUUUUUUUUUUUUAAUUUUAAAAUAAUAGUCUUGUACGAAGGGCUUGCGGUGGCCCCAAAGUCAAUUUACGGCAGGAAACAGAAUCCAGGUAAGGGUCGAAUUUAUAUAUCUGUAUGAUAGCGUUAUGUUCAAUCAUAUAUAAAUUCAGUUGUACACCAUUGUGAGACUGCUCAAUCCUUGAGCAGAUGCACGAGUGGAAUUAAGUGAGUAAAACAACUUAAUUAUUAGAUUAUUUUAUUUAAAAUCGCUAAUGAAUCGACCGAGUGACGAAAAUUAUAUAGUGCAAUAUUCUGGUUAGAGACUAUAAAAGACGACUUCUCUAUCUGAACUGAAAACACUUAUGAUAGUUUUCGGAUAUCGCUUCAGUCAAUUGGCGGCUGCUUGAAGAUUAAAUCGCCAAGUCUUCUGAAGAUGGUCUCUUCAAUGUCAAUGGACGAUCGCGACUUUUCGAGACGUCGUGUUCCCUUUUCAUGUAGCUAUACACGAGCGAAACAUUUAACAACCUCGUUAAAGAAAGUAACCGUCUUAGUAAUAAUAAUUGCGCGUCUCGCCUACUCGUCACUCGUAAAUUAAUCAUGACUAUUGUAACCGUUGUUGCACCGAGAGAAGUGUUUUAUCAUUCUUUUCAUCGUAAGAGACAACCAACUGUUUCACGACUCACUGUCACACUGAAGGAACACGAGAUUGAUCUUCGCUCAAGUUUCGUCAUAGCCGUGCGAGCUAAGCAAAACUGAGAAAUCUACUCGUAAUCAAAAUUUCCAAGAAUUCACGUAAGGAGAAUUAUGAAAGAAGUUUUCGAAAUUGUGAUAUCAGAGGAAUUUAAGAAUGGUAAAAGUAAUAAAAGCCAACAUUCAUAUAAUAAAUGAAAUUCUAUGAAAUAAACGAUUUAUAUAAUCGCAAUAUCUCCAUAUGUAUCUCUAAUUUUGAAAUCAGGAUUUCUGAAAGAUUUUCGGUUCAACGAUACGUGAAUUUAUGACUGAGAAUCUAGAAUUUGAGAUACCUAUAAGAAAUAAAAGAUUAAAUUUAGAUAUCUAAAAUACGCCAGAAUUUACGAAAUUGGGAUUUUUUAAAGAAUCUUCUUGAUAAGAUUCGUCAAUUCAUAAAUCUUUGAAUUCAAACAUCUAUAGAUGGAAGAUUGACUGAUUUAAAAGCAUGUAUAACCGAAAACCAACGAAAAAAGACGUUUGAGACGUAUAACAUUGAUUUAGCGAAAAGUGGGUCGUCCCAGUAGAUCGAUAAUAUACCGCGUUUAAAAAAUUGCCUGAAUGUGAAUUUAAUUAGCGAUAGAUUUAUGUAAAUAUCGCCAGGGAUAUAUGGAAGCGCGAGAGAACGAGAGUGCUAGAAUCGACAUUAAAGCGGACGGGGGAGGGCUUCGUUUCUGUUGCGAACAGAGAUCGAAGACUCCAGGUAUAUUGCAGCUGAUGUGUGUUUGUUACAAUUCUAUAAAAUUAUUUUUAAAAAAUUGUCGUUUGCAAAAACUAUAGCGACAAAUUGACGCAAUUUUAUAAUAUUUUGGAUUAUCGAAGGAUAUAAUAUCACGUCAACUUGUCGUUCUAUCGUUAUUACGACAUUUCUUUACCAUAUCAGAUACUGCCGAAGUGGAAUAGAGUAUCUGUAAAAGAAAACUGAACCUUGAGAUUUAUCCUGGAGAUGUUAUCCUCGAGAAGAAAGUUGCAAAGAAUGUGCGAUUGCGAGAACUUGUCCUAAUUUUACGAAAUCCGGGGAAUCGUAUAGCCGUAUUUUCUCGCGCAUUUUGAAUGUACAUGUAUAUAUUAUAUAUAUAUAAAUAUUAUAUUUGAUCAUC